AUGCCCAAGGAGGAGACGUUGCCGACACGCAAGAAGAUGCGUAAGGGUACGCACAGCUGCUUCGAAUGUCGUCGCCGCAAGAUCCGAUGCAUCUUCCAGCCCGACAACCCGGAUGUUUGCUCAGAAUGCUUCGCACGCGGCAGCAGGUGCAUCGACCAAGAACAUGCCAACCCUGAAGUCAUUGUCGAUCAUAGGAAGAACCUCCGAGAGCGAGUAUCAAGACUGGAGGCCUUGAUUGACACUUUGCUUGAAGACAAGACUGUCAAGUCAGAAAGCCGGAGUCAGAGCCAAAGCUUAGCCGACACAUCAUCACCAAAAGCGCCCACCAUCUAUCACAAGGAUACAUUUCCACCCACUCCUCUUUCCUCAGAAGCCUCGUCCAACAUCUUUCGAGUACCGGAAAAUCAGCGUGCUGCCUCGGAUCGAGGCCAUCAUGUACCAAUCCUCUCUGUGUUCGAAGACGCACUCAACGAUGCUGAAGCGCAAGCGAAAGCCCGCAAUGCUGAUCAACAGAGCUCAACACCAAGGCCCGGCCAAGUGGCUGAAGAUCGAUAUACUGUAGAAAACAAAAAUGAUGAUGACAUCGCGGCUGGAAGCACCAUCGCGCACUCUGCGAAACGAGAGAGGUCCAAGCAAGCACUCAUUGCCAUGUUGCCGCCUUACGACCAACUCACCAAACUCCUGAACUCCAACAGUGACUGGUGGCAGACGUGGCGGAGAAAAUGCAGUGGCACUUCCGGUCCUGAGCAAACAUUGCCUCAGUUCGCUGCCCAGGCUCUGACGACCGGGAAUAUCGGCGCUAUUGCUACUGUUGUUUUGUCGGUUGGUAUUUGCUCAUCGGAGAACGAUGACGAUGUCGAACGCUAUAUCGAGGCUGUGGACCGAUGGUUCCUGUCUGACGAUGAGUAUGCGGCAAGCUUGGAAGGUCUAGAAUGUCUGAUCUUGAAGUCUAAGUGGUACGCGGAUGUAGGUCAACCACGAAGAGCCUGGAUCGCGUACCGCAAGGGCUUGAUGUAUGCCCAGCUAAUGGGGCUACACCGCAAGCGCACUUCCUCCGCUCCACACGAGAGCAUUUGGUGGGCUAUGUACCAUGGGGACCGUUUCUUGUCUCUCUUGCUGGGUCUUCCAUACGGUAUUAGCGACGCGCAUUGCGACUUAACGAUGCCCGAUAUUGGCGACGGCACAUACCUUCAUCCAUUGGUUGGCAUCACGAAGCUCUCGCAGCUCGCAGGGAGGGUCAUUGAUCGAAACCAGGGAGUUGCCGAGCAGUCCUUCGCCUGGGCACUGCAGCUCGACCAGGAGCUUGAGGAUCUGUGGAAGAAGUUCGAUCCAGCGUGGCUUGACUACACCGAGUUACUCGCCGACGCAGAAUCAAAUGCGGCGGAAUUGCGAGAGCGAAUCAUGGGUCAGAUGGUCUUCCAUCAGAUCCGUGUGUACUUGCACUUGCCGUUCAUGCUCAAGGCAGCAUCAAACUCGCGCUUCUCAUACUCAAAAACGGCAUGUUUGAACGGCUCGCGAGAAGUCCUAAGGUUGUACCAGUCUCUACGAACAGGACAUGUCCAGCCGCUCUACGAGUGCAAAGCUAUCGACUUCAUCGGUUUCACAGCCGCAGUCCUGAUCUUGAUCGGUCUUCUCAAUUCCGGUAUGGGUUCACAAUCUUCAAUUAGCGGUCCUACCCCCAAGGACAUUGAGGAAGAUGUGCGUCUCAUCGAGGUCAGCAUCGACAUCUUCCGUCGCGCAUCGAGCGAAAAGGGAGGCAAAGUAGCCGCCCAAUCCGCACAGGUUCUCGAGCAGAUGUUGAGCAAAUUCAAAGGCACAAGUCUCGACCAUGAGGAGGGACCCUGCAGCGGAAAAUCGGACUUUGUUAUCCCGUACUUUGGUACCAUUUCUAUCAAGAGAGGGGGCCAGUUGGUCAAGAAGGGCCCGGAACUUCCCUCUCGCUCGCCCAGCAUGAUGAGCUCAAGGUCCCCAGGUACAUCAGCACAACUCUACACACCCACGUCUGAGAAGCCGUCACAGUCUUCUGCGUCGGACAUAUUCUCGCAACCCACACAGUCCCUUAAUGUCACGCCAAAGACAUCCGUCUCCGCUGGUACCGGUACCUCGGCCUUCGGCUUCACUGAUCCUUCACCCUUUGUAUCGUAUGACGGCUUUUACAACUGGAACAACCUCAACGUAGAUGAUGCGUCGACAACGGGCGCCGCUGCGGGAGGCACGUUCAACUCCCAGAUCAACGACGACAGCAUGAACAACUUCCCACUACCUACGAAUAACUUCUCGUGGCAGCAUAUGCCCAUGGAUAUCGAUCAGGAUUGGUCUUGGUUCUUGAACGAUGCGCAGACGACACAAGGUAUGGGUACGGCAGGGGCGCUCCAGCACCCACUGCAGCGCUUGAUUUCAAUGCGCAAGGUUUCCCUGGCUUUGGUUAAGCGGGUUACGUAG